GAUGAUAUAAGCACAACUUCAAGAAUUUGAAACGCGGUCGUGCGGCUCGUGCCACAUCACAGUUGCCCACAGUUAACCAAGGUCCAAUACUUGCCAAGCCUAAGACGUUAAUCUUGGGCCUUGUAAAGCGAAGUAACAUUGUCAUGAGACUCGGACACCCUCCGAGCGGACAUACUAACCUCUGAGAAAAACAGUCCUAUAGAAUUAUAUAGCCUCAUUACUCGUUGUCCACCUGAGAGUGGCCAGCAUCUCUUUUAAAUCAAAACUCCCACCAGCUUGCGAGCUGCCGCUGCAGACAAUGUACAGUGUCCUGCUGUUCCCAAUCUCUGCACUCUAUGGGAUACUGGCACUCAUACUUCAGGCCCUUUUGGCCUUCCUGAUACCUUCGAUCGAUCCCAACGACGGUAUUCACCUCGCCGUCAGCCCUAAAUGCGGCCCCCUCUCCGGCACAGCAUCAGACUUCAACGCUGGCCUAAAUCUAGCUGAAUUCAAAACCAUUGUUUCAUUCGGCGACUCAUUCACAGAUGGCGGGAGGCACGACGGUGGUCCUCUUGAACCUGCUGUGCUGAUCCCGCCAAAUGCACUAGCAGGUGGCCGAUCGACCAACGGACCUGUUUGGGUUGAGGGUAUUGCUAGUGAUAUCGGUGCCACGGUCAUGGAUUAUGCUUGGUCAAGCGCUGUGACGAAUAUCAGCUUGUGGCCUAGUAACCCAUAUCCCCGGGAUUUCAUCAUGCAGACAACGACGUUUAUAAACCAGAAUGAUAAUUUGGAUCCGGAGACCACGCUGUACACCGUAUUCUUCGGUAUCAACGACUGGGAAGACUCCUUUGCGGACGGAAACCACUUACCAGCAGCAGCCCAAACCAUCCUCUCCCAAAUGACCCUCCUCGCCUCCCCACCCACCAACGCCCGCAACUUCCUAGUAACAGACCUAUACGGUCGCGGUUCACAUAACGCAUGGGGCGAAGCAUGGGUUCAAUCUAUAUUUAACGGUCUCCUCGCAUUCCGUCAGGACCCAGCUUUAGGAUUGAACGUCGCUUUUGCAAAUUUUGCAACUAUCUGGGAUGGCGUCCUUGGUUCUGAUCCUGGGUAUGAGGCGUUUGGGUAUACGAACACUGGUGCCUGCCUCAUCGAUGGUCGUACUUGUGAGGACCCGGAACAUUAUUUUUAUUGGUUUUAUGGGCAUCCCUCUAAACAGACUCAUAGGAUUAUGGCAGAUUAUGUAGAGGAGGUGCUGAUGCAGUGUCGUGUAUGAUGAGGUCGGGUACAUGAUCUCCAUAAACUUAGCCACGCCCAUGCAUCCAAAGA